AUGGCUUCGAGCGGACGUGCAGAACACAGCUGGUCUCCAAAUUACGGCUGUCACAUGGAUGAGAAUCAUUCGAAUGGUGUAACCAAAGAAGACAUGACCAUCAAUCUACUGCAAACCCAGAUGGAACUGUCGCUUAUACGAGAGGACUUCCAAGACCAGUUGCGUGAGCUCCGUCAGGCAGCUAAUCGACACUUAGAUGCCAUGAACCUUGAGGGCGAUGACGUUCGCGCUGGUCAGAUGGAUAUCUCAAAUAUGGUUGAUGAUCUUAAAAAUCAUGUUGUUUCUCUGCAAGUAUCAUAUGUGAAGAUGGUCUUCAAAAACAACAAAGGUAAGAAGCUGAUGCCUUGUGUUGGGAUUUUUGAUGUUGUUUGUGCGUUUGUGGUGACGUAUUUGGUGUUUAAGUGGUUUAACAUGCUUAACUCGAGCAUUGACAUUACCCCUUCUUCUCGUCCAUUGAUUCCCACCAUUCGCUCUUCAUCUCUAGGCCUAUCCAAAGCAUCAGUAGCAUCUACGAUUACCUCAUCAUUCCCUACUCCUAUGGCAACGUUUACAGGCUCCUGCGUAGACUCCUAA